CAUUUUUUUUUUUUUCAUCAUGGGCAUGGAGCCCAAUUAUUCAUCCAACCCAACAAAUGGGCUGGACCCCAACAAAAACAAAGGUUUCUUAUUGUAUUGGAUGAUAUUUGGCGAGAGGAUGUAUGGAAUCAGAUGCAAAGAAGUUUUCCGGAUGUUAACAAUGGAAGCAGAGUCUUGAUCACCACUCAGUUUCUUAAUGUUGCAAAGGGAGCAAAUCCAAGAAGCACUCCGUACGAACUUCCGCUUUUGAAUGAUAAUGAGAGCAUGAAGCUUCUUCUCAAGAAGGCCUUUCCUUAUGAAGAUACUGAGGCAAAUUGCUCCAGUGGAUUGCUUGAUAUUAGUCAUCAGCUCAUGCGCAAAUGCGGUGGCCUACCUCUAGCUUUAGUUGUUCUCGGAGGUCUCUUAUCUAUAAAAGACAAAACACCUGUUGUGUGGCGAAGAGUGUUGGAGACGAUGGAUUGGGCGGCAGAAGGAAGGGAAUGCCAAGAAAUACUUGCUUUGAGCUAUGAAGAUCUUCCGUAUCAUAUGAAAUCAUGUUUUCUUUAUUUGGGUGCUUACCAUCACUGGCAAUGUGUUAAUCAGGCAAUGGAUUGCGGAAGGCUUCAUACCACAGGAAGAAAGGAAGACCAUGGAGGAUACAGGGGAAGCUAUUUUAGAGGAGUUGAUUCAGAGGAGCUUGAUUCAUGUAAAAACCAGGAAAAACAAUGGGAGUGUCAAGAAAUGUGGUGUCUUUGCUCCAGUGAAAAUGAUCAACAAACUUAUUUGGCGUCUCGUCGUGUGGCUUUCCACAACGUCAAUGACACCACGAUCAAUGAAAUCUCUAGAGUCUCUACAAUGCAUGGACAGAGGAAUUUGAUGGCAUUUGGUCUACGUUAUCCUCCAAUUGAUUCUCCAAUAUUUAGAUUUGAGCUUCUAAGGGUGCUUGAUUUGACUGAGUUAACUUCUGUACGAAGAUUACCAAAAGAGAUCGGGCUAAUGAUCCACUUACGUUAUUUAAGACUGAGGGAUGUUGAUGAUCUCCUACCAUUGUCGGUAGGAAACUUUCAAUCCUUAGAAACUGUUCUGCUAACGCAAAUAAAAAAGCACUUCUGGGCUUUCAAAAGCUCAUCCAAACAAGCCCUAAGACAUGUACAAGUAAAGUGGUGCAAACCACCACAAAGUCUUGAGCUAAAAAAUCUCCUCACACUUGAGUAUGUGGCACUCGGAUCCUAUAAAACAAUAAAUUGGAGAUUUCCCAACCUUAGGAAGUUGAAAGUGGAGAUUAAUAAGGAACACCAGGGAACAAUGCUAACCCAUCUGCUCUGUGAACUAGACCAUCUUAUCAGCUUGUUUAUAGAUGCAACAGGAGAUUUCCCUAUAGAGAUCAACACCAAAGACUUUCCAUUUCACAACCACCUCCUCUCAUUGACGUUAUAUGGAUUUUGGCCAAAAGGGGACACCAUAUCUGAAUUCCCAACUUGUCUCACCAAGCUUGAACUCAGUCAUUCUAGAUUGGAGCAAGACCCAAUGCCCAAAUUGGAGAGGUUACAAUACCUUGUCACUCUUAAACUCUUUCAAAAUGUGUAUCUUGGAAAAACCAUGGUAUGCUCUACUGGUAGAUUCCCUAGUUUGAAAAGUCUGUUCAUUGCAGUCCUGUCAGCAUCUGAAGACCCAAUGCCCAAUCUUGAGGAGUGGAGGGUAGAGAGAGGUGCAAUGGCCAAGCUUGCUUUCCUAACAUUAAUUUCAUGCAAGAAGCUAAAAGUGUUUCCAGAUUUGCAACAUGUGAUGAGCCUUCAGGAAUUGGAGUUUCGUCACAUGUCCCAAGAGCUCAUGUUCAGGUUGCAGAGGAAAGCAGGGGAAGAUUGGUACAAGAUUCAACAUGUGCCAAAACUCACCUUUGAAGAAUGGUGAGUGUUAAAGGCCAGUUAGUUAUCCCUUGUUGGUGUUGUUUAUCUUGUUCUACUUUGUUAUAUUUGUUACUGUGUAUUUGUUUUUUCAUUUCCUUAACUUGUAUGUCGUCUAUAAAGAAAGAAAAACUUUGAGGUCAAUGUGAAGCCUCUCAUUAAUUUCAUGUCACUUGA